AUGACUCUUAAGGAGGAACUCCUCCGCCGUCUCGAGGUCGAGGCUGACCAAUCUCGUGGCACGGCUGGUCCGAGCUUUGGAAGGAGAUGGACACUGCGACAUAUGCGGUCGUCGACGGCGAUCUCUGCCUCGUCCUUGACGGAACGCUUCAAAGGGUACCGUUGUUGCGCCCGCGCCCGCGGAAUGGUGUCAAGCAUUGAACAUAAUCCAUGUGCUUCAGUGGAGGUGAGAAAUGCUUUCAAUAAUGAAAAGCAGCACACCUUCUACUCCGACAUCUUCUCCACGGCCGUUCUCGUUGAUCAGAACGGUAUCGAAACCCUCCACGUCACGGUCUUGCUCACUACGAUAAGCAGGUCGGAUGUGAACCGUAUCGAGAGUUUCGGGGACAUUGUCGAGGCCUUGAAUCGGAGCUUCACGAUAAAUCUGGACAGAGCUGCGCAGAAGUUCGCAGCCCCAAAUCGAACAAGCCUACUGUCGAUAGAGACUGCCCUGAGAUUCGGAAAAUUGGCUAGCUUGAUGUGCAUAUCGCAAUGGAUGGCCAUCAAGGUAGUCGAUGUGAAGCCGUCCGGUAUAGGCUGUGGCGUGCCCGUCCAUCGUGCCAAACCAUUCAAUGCCGGGUUGAUAGUGGCUCGAUUCAAAGCUGACGCUGACCCAGAGAGUGAGCUAGAGUCGGCCAAGGAAGGCAGAGGGAACGGUGUUCAACAGCGGUCUGUUCCAAAAAUGCUCUCGUCUGCAAACGUUCAUCCUGCGUACCUCCUCGAUACCGAUUCGGAUGACGAAGACACUUACAGGGCUGGUGCUCCUCCGACCUUGUCCUCCCUCCCCGCAGAGCAAGUGCCUUCGAAGGCUCAAACUCACAAAACCAAUAUCACCCGAAACCAUCCCAACCGUGGUCAAUCCGUCAAGCAAACCGAAGACAAGAUCCCGAUGCGCGCCCGUGAUCAGAACGUGAAGGCGCCUAUCUCUCGCAGCAAUGUGGCGGGCAUGGACGCCGACCUUCCACCUGCACCUUCCAAAUCGCGCUCUGGCUCCAUCCCCGCCCAUCUCGAGCAACCUCCACGGUUCCGAACAACCACUGCAAAGGCGUCAAAGCGCAAGCCGAAGCAGAAGAAUACAGAUAGCGACAACGGAUCGGAGCUCGCUGGCGUUCUCAAGCAGGGGAAGCUGCUCCGCACGUUGCUGAAUGAGGCUAACACAGUACAAAUUCCUUACGCCGCGUGCUUCGUCUAUACACUUGCACCAGCAGGGGAGCUAUGCACGCCCGGGGCGCCCGGGAAUUGGGACAUUCUCAUGCGAGCCGCGUUCUCUACACGCAUCUCUUGCUCCGAUUUAGCGAAGCGUUUGUUGGCCGAGCCGACCAAGGAAUAUAUUGAGAGUAAUACUUUUCUUCGCGAAGCGAUCAUUUUCAUACUUUACCAUGUUUUCUAUGGCUCCAAGGCGGUAACUAAAUUUCCCGAUGGGUAUUUUGAGUCUGACAUCGAAGGCGAGCCUGAAAUUCCGGACGCUAUGAUCGCAUUUGCGGCCCUCUUGGCUUUCUUUGCUCUCACGGACCAUGCAUCUGGGCGAUUCAACAAACAGGAAUCCAAGGGCGCACUCUUCUACGAUGAGUAUCAGGAUUGCAUUGACUGGCCCAUGAGGACCACGAAGACCGCCGUACGCGCCCCCCGCACCGGCACUCGCAACAGUCGCAUCGCCGCUGCGAAAGGCCGUAUCGCUGCAUCUUGCAAAAUAAUUCAAUACUGA